AUGCAAACCAGGUCAUUUCUUACAUGGUUUAUGAUUGCAACAAAAUCUUGCUUUUCUUUCGUGGCCACACUUCAUUUGAAGGGUGCGAAAACACUAUUUGCAAUAGGUUCUUACGAUGGAAAAUCCAGAAUAUGGAGUAAUGGUGGUAAAAUUAAGACUACCUCACGGCCUGUUCCGAUCCGGACGAGAAGCUUAAUAGACGCCACGCCUGAGUGGUGGGAGGAGAAAAUAAAGGAGAAUAAAGAAUAUGCCAAAUUUAGGGACAUAGAUUUGAGCAUAUUUGACAUGAAAUAUGCUAAUUUUGUUUCGGGAUUCUGUUGCUAUUGGAGAUAA